AUGGGUGUCCCUUUCGACUAUGCGCCGGACAGGCCAGAGCACAUCGACGCGAUCCUCAAUGGCCUUGACCGAUACAACCCGGAGACGACAGCUAUCUUUCAAGAAUACGUCGUGCAGCAAUGUGAGGGCAAGUUCGUGGACUGUUUCGCGAACCUGGCGCUACUGAAGCUAUAUCAAUUCAAUCCUCACCUCAACAAAGAUGAGACCAUCACCAAUAUCCUCGUCAAGUCCCUCACCGUCUUCCCCUCCCCCGAUUUCUCUCUUGCCCUCCACCUCUUACCACCUCACAUCCUGACCCCCAUCUCCACGUCCUCCGCCCUCCCUGCCGCCGGCGAUGCCCCCCUUUCCGAGGCAGUGCAAAAGCUCAACGUGCUGAACAACCUACUCGGCCAAGCCUCUUACGCGCUCUUCUGGAGCACCCUCAACGGCGACGACCUCUACGCUGACUUGAUCGCCGAUGUCGCCGGCUUUGAGGAGCUUAUCCGCAUCAGAAUUGCACUCAACGUCUCACAAUCUGUCCGCGAAGUUGAGAGACCCGUUUUGGAGUCGUGGUUGGGAAUGCAGGGCGAGCAAUUCGAGAAGUUUGUCAACACAACCUGUGGGUGGCGGAUUGACGGUAGUGUGGUCAAGGUUCCGCUGAACAAGGAGAACGAGGCCAAGGGAACGGUUGUGCGGGAGAACGUCAAGAUGGAGCAGUUCUCGAGAGUGAUUAGACGGGCAUAUGAGGCUCCUGCUUAA